CAAUUUUUUGUCGUGCUUUUGUUUUCAAGUUCUUCUUUGAUUAGGUACUAUUUUUUAAGUGGAAAUGGAAUUGUUUCGGUGAAUGGAGUGGAAAAACAUGUUGGACCAGGUACAACAGUAUGGAUACCAGCACAUGCUGAGCGCUUUUAUCAUAAUACGGGCACUGAAUCGUUGAAAUUUUUGUAUGUCUUUGCACGAGAUAAGUAUAGUGAUGUGCACUAUACCUUUGCUGGUGAAUCAGAAUCAACAUCGUAG